AUGGCUGAAGCAGUUAGUUGUUUAUGAACAAGUUAGUUGAUGAGGAUUGUGGAUAAUUUGGAACGAGGAAGGAAUUUACCCAUAGGCUGUGCAAAUACCAAUUUAGAAAUUUCCAUUGUUCGUGGUGUGUAAGUCGAGUAUCGUUCCAGAAUUUCUUUCGUCGCGGUAAUUCGUGAAUUUUGAGAACGACUUCGUGUGUGUGACAGUGUUUCCGUGUUCUUCAAGUGUCAUAUUUCAAAUUGUGUAAUUGCUCCGGAUUAUAAUCUCAUCAUCCUGCAGUUAGACCACCUCCAAUAAAUAUUUUGAUUUUCCCGAGAAUUUUCAUCAACUGAACAGUGAUUGUAUCAGAUUAGUUUGAUGAUUUUGUCAGUUCAUCAGUGGAUUGUCUCCAAAGAAAAUAUUUAGCAUCAUAAGACAUCGAGUAAUCACAAUUCACAUCAAAUACUUAAGUAGAUUCACAAUGCUAAUCAUGCAACAGAUUACUGAUACCGAUUCCAGCCUUUUUGCUUCCCAGUUUCCAGCCGUAACUAUUGACGUUUAGUCAAUAUGUCUAAAUCGCAGAGUGUAGGUCAUCUGAACUUGUGUUGUGCCCUUCGGCAGAGGUCCCAGCAAAGUUGGCACCAGAAGUGAACAGUACACUCCCAAUGAAAAUGGCUUGAGUCUUCUUAAUAAUUUGAAAUAGUGCAUUCGUAAACUUGACUUGUUCUAUUUUGUCACCUGCAAUUACAGCAGACGUCAGUGAAACUUGGAUAAGCCAUAAUGCACCCUGUGAGACGACGCAAAAAACGCCCUAACUAUGGGGUCAGAACUGUUGAUGUGCAGAGAGGUAAGAAUGGCUUUGGUUUUACCAUCUCAGGUCAACAGCCAUGCAUUCUCAGCUGCAUUGUGCCAGGAAGUCCUGCUGAAAAUUCUGGCCUCAGAGCAGGCGAUUACCUAGUUGCCGUUGGAGGUCACAGUGUCAGUAAAAUGAAACACAAUGAUGUAGUGCAAUUGAUUGGGAACACAUCCGGCAUUUUAAAGCUUCAAAUUGCUGAGAAUUAUUACUCGGAUAGUUCAGAUGAAGAUAUGGUAGCAAUCCGUCAUAAACCAAAGUAUCCACACAAAUUGAAGAAUUCUCCGCGAUCUGGAGCUGCAAGCCAGAAUCGAGUGGCCAAAGUAGUCAGAGAUCUUACUACGGGUGCAAUGUUUGAUGAAUCACUAGUAGAAGUGUCAAUGUGUAUGUCAAAUUCUACUCCUAGAUGUUCAAGUAAAUCUCCCCACAAACUUAUCAAAUGGAAGGCUCCAGCACACCUUUUGCCACCCUUACCACGCCUCUACUUCUCAGAACCAUCCAUUAACAGAAUGAACGGUGAAGAAUAUGAGCAAGAACUAUUCAGAGCCAUAGUUGGGUAUUUAGGAACUAUCGAAAUGCCAAGGAAACUGCCACCUGGUUCACGUCUUCAGAUUGUUCGAGGGUGUAUUAAAAGGUUACGCGCUGAGAAGAGAACCCACACUGCCGUGCUAAUGACUCUCUUCACUCGCAGUCUGAAAUUGCAAAACCACACCGGCACAACUUUGGCCAUUUACCCUGGUGAGAGAGUGACAUUCUGUGGAGCGAGUUCGAAUGAAGAUCGUAGGCACUUUGGUGUUGUUACGACUUCCACUGGUGAUGAUCCUUCAGAUUCUUGUCAUGUUUUUGCGGUUGAUCCAAGACCACAUAGUGAGCACAACUUCCGUUCGCUCACUUUCAAAAUUGAAUGCACUAUUGAUACCAACUCAGGUCUGUGUCAAGAAUACCCUAUAAAUAGUGAUCCCAUCUUAGCCAUCAUCAGGAAAUUUUAUGAGACUCCUGGUCUUGAUGAUGAAGAACCAGUCGCCAAUUCCCCCCAACCAAGCCAUGAUAGCACAACAACUAGCAAUAGUGACUCUGGGAUUGGCUUUCGCGACGAUUCGGGUAAUCAAUCUGAUAGGAUUCUCGUGGUCGAUAUCCAAAACCAGAGGCUCCAUGUUCUACCUAAUGAAGAUAGCCCAAACUAUCCUUCCAGAGAGCGUCUGACUGUCAGAGCCAUGCCAGACCCUAUCGUUGCGCCCACCAGUAAUCGAAGUUGCUCUCCGAUCAGUACAUGCUCAGAAGAUCCAUUUAACUUGCGUGUCUCUCAAGAAAAUAUGAGUGUCAGUAGUGGGAAAAGUAGUCGUAAGACACCAGAAAACUCCACUUUUGAUACAACGGUAAAGCAAAUGGAUAUUUCCAUGGAAAAAACAAGGUCUCAAGACGGCAGCUAUAUUUUCAAUAAUAUAGACAACCAUUUAUGCUCUGCUGAUGACAUGAGUCUUGGAACCUGCAGCUCUAAAAGUCAAGAUGCAUUUUUAUCGUACAAACUAUCGCCCAAAGUUUUUGGUAUUCCAUCCAAUACAUCCCAAAGCCUUGAGGAUUUGAAGCUGCACCAAAGUUCAAACUUAAGUCGACAAGAUACACCAAAGUCUAAUAGUUGCAAUUUGUUGAGAUCUACCAUGUUGAUUCAUCCUGCUCACUGGGGAAGUCUUCAAGAUCUUCGAAGUAUAGCAAAUGAUUGUUAUGAAGACUCACCUUCAAUGCAGAAAACUCAUGAUAAUUCAGGCAAUGGAGUUACCAGCUGGGCAACAUCAUUUGAGAGAUUGUUGGAAGACCCUGCAGGCUUGCACACCUUUGCUGAAUUUCUCAAGAAGGAAUUCAGUCAUGAAAAUAUCUAUUUCUGGGCAGCAUGCGAAAGGUACAGGCUGCAAGACAAUUUGAAGAAGAGGCAAGAGAUGGCAAGGGAGAUAUUUGACAAGCACUUGGCUUUGAGGGCGCCCGAACCGGUUAAUGUAGACUCACAAGCAAGACAAGUGACCCAAGAACAGCUUGAUGUUGCCAAUCAGAAUCUAUUCUCCCAAGCUCAAAAACAGAUCUUCAAUCUAAUGAAGUUUGACAGUUAUCCUCGAUUUAUCAAAUCAGACUUAUACAAGGAAUGUAUGCUCUGUGGUAUAUCUGGUCUCCCGGUAUUCUCUCCCAGUAAAUUGGAUCCAGCCUUAGAAAUUCACCGCUCUUCCUCUGUAGCUCAAACGCCAAUUAAGCUGAAAAAAAGUCGCAGUGAUGCAGACGAUAGGCGGCGAAAAUCAUUGCUCCCGUGGUCAAGGUCAAGAUCUCGUUGUAAAUCUCGAGACAGGUCAAUUAGUGUUGCAGGCAGCUCGGAACAGGACAAGGAUACAGUUUCUACAGGGAGCAGUCGAUGGUCAUUGGCAUCAUGGGAUUUAGCUCUCUCUUCAACAUUGUGUCGAGUAGUUUUACCUGAUGAUGCAACUGCUGUUGUUCAAAUUAAACCCGAUCAGACGAUCAGGCAGAUGGUCACUAAACUACUAGAAAAACGGGCACUUAACUAUAAUUGUUUUCAAGUUUUUGUCGGCCAGUCAACAAAGGCUCUAUCAUUAGAUGAAAGUGCAAGCAUUGUGGGAGGUCAAGAACUCAGAAUUGAGCCAAGAGUCGUCUUUCGAUUAGAUUUACCAAACAAGAAAACCAUUGCAGUCAAGUCCAAACAGUGCAAGACUUUAGAAGAAGUUGUUCGGCCCAUUCUUAAUAAAUAUGGCUACCGUUUUGAAAUGUGCACACUAUGUCUGAUGAGUGAGAACCAAGUUCUAGAACCAGACAUGGCUGUGAGGACAGUUGAUAACCAACGGCUCCAAGUACUCACACGCAGCACACCCAUACCAAACACAUCAGUAUGGAAGGACUGUCAGAACCAAACUUCAAAGCCUAAACAUGGACCAAGUUUAGACGAAAUAACAAACCGUGUAUUUGAAGAACUUUUACAAGGCAAAGGUGAUAAAUCCAGAGUUGUCUCUGAUCAAGGCUCUGUCAGGUCCGAAGAAUGGAGUUCUGAGCAUUCCUCAAGUAUUCUUGGUCGCUUCAUGCGCAGGGACUCAGUUUCUGUUGAUAAGAAUGGGGAUGUAAGACCCAAGGCAAAGAAAGCAUCAAGUAUUGAAGGUGGUGAAAAGAAGAGCAGUGCUGUUAGUCGGUUACCGCCUCUUAUUGCAAAGUGGAAAUCCAGCAAUAAACCUGAUGGACGUUCUGAAAGUGAUGUCCUGUAUGAGGGUCUGAAACGGGCGCAAAGGAGUCGCUUGGAAGAUCAAAGAGGAACUGAAAUCAAUUUUGAACUUCCAGAUUUUCUGAAGGACAAAGAAAACGCCCCGCAGGGUAGCAGUAAGAAAAUUCGGAAAAUUCGAUCUGAGGAUGCAAACGAGGUAGGAAGCUCAAAGACGUUCCCAACAGAAACAGACGCAGGAGGAACUGCUGAGCAGGCAUCAUCCUUGAAACUCGGAGAUGUGAAAAAAGUGUUAUCAACUCAACUAGGAACAAGAUAUGUUGAUACAGGAUUCAUAGAUGGUAUAAUUCCCUCCCCGUCCAAAGCAGAAGAGUAUUUCAACAAUGGUACAAAUUCUGCUGAGCUCAACAGGUUGAAAGUCAAUGCAAGUCCCCUAGUGCAGUCCAACGGCAUUAACUCUACCUGUUUAAACGAAAGUCUCCUCAGUAGGUUGAGCGAUGUUCCUCCCCCUUUGCCCCCAAAACCAAAGAAUCUAUCUUUGUUGAAUCCGUGGCCAUCAGUCUCCUCACCGCAAGACAUGAAACCAGAUCUGAAGACUUGUCGAAUGAGGAAAGCCAUGUAUUUAGAUCAACCAAACGGUAGUUUUGUUUAGUGUAAUUCAAGUUCACAUAUCAAUGAUUCUCAGUAUUUAGAUCUGGGUCUCCUAGAGGUCCGAAAUUAUACAUAUUUUACUGCAGUUCCUUUGCCAGCCGAAAAUACUGAUGACAAUAUAUUGGACCGCAGGUGUACUCAAUAUGGAUGGUGAAACUGCCACAUGCGUUUCUCUGUUUGCGACAUUUCAGACCUCCUGUCACACUUCAUUUUUUACAUGGAAAACUACUUAACGUUGUUUAUUAAAAAUUUCGAUGAUUUUUUUUCCUUUAUGUGAAGAAUAUUCUGUGAAAAUGUUAAAGUAUGAUGUUUGUUUAGUCUCCUUUUAAAAAAUAAAAUGGAAGGAAAGAUUCUGAAACACCUCAACUGAGAAACGCGUUCCUGUAGUUUCACUGCUGAUGUAUUUGUCUAGCAGGCAAGGAGAAAUCCUCUAAUCUCAGAACCCUGAGUAAAUUAUACCCAAGUUCAGAUCCUUGGAUUUUUCCAUUUAGUUAAUGACCAAGCAAUCAAAGAUAGAGAAAAUUAGUGAAGAUUACUUUCUACUUUUGAUAGGAAUUGGUUUGAUUUAUCGAGCGUAUCAGAUACCUUUAUCAAUCGUGUUUUGUUCAACAGCACCAUAACCAUACCUACUUACAAGCAAUGUUUUUGGGAUUAUAGUUCCAAUUGUAACUGAAAUUGUACAAAUGAUACCCGUAAAAAUGUGUUUAUAUGCUAUUAUGCAGUAAAAUUAAUUACUGCCUUUAAUUCUAAUUGCUGUUUUCCUCUACCUCAGCUGAGCUGAAACGAACAAAUACAGAGAACCUUCACCUACUUGGUUUUUUUUUGAAGGGGUUUGCCUGAGGCAUACUUAAUGUAGAUGGUCUGUUAGUAGAUAGCUUUUUUUACUUCCUCUUUUUAUGAAAUGAAAUCUUAAAUAUUUCAACCCGUUUGCAUCAGCAAUGUCUGAGACUUUUCCUCCCUAUGUCUUGAGUAUGGACUCAGUUGAAUAGAAACCCACCAAGUCACAUGUUUAAAUGGAGAAAGUGGAUUGAAGUUGCAUUCCUCCAUGAAGUGCAAUUUUUAAGACGAAGUUUAAUGACCAUCCACUCGUUCAGAAUAUUUUUUCUCGAAUUGGAAUUUUUAAAAGGAGAAAAUUUAUGACUGUUUAAACUCAAAACUACUCCCAAUUCUUUUAUUUCCGACAUGCAACUGGACGAGUUCCUGUUGAACUCAGUUCAUAUGAGCUUCAAAGGCUGAAAAUGUUGAUGAUACAUUGAUUGCUCAAAAUAUUUUUUAGAUGUUUUUCCUAGAAAAUCUUGUGCUGACAUAGAAUCUCUUAUUUCCUGAAACUUUUUUCCGAGUUUAACAUGGUGAAGUAAGACUGUUGAGUCCGUCCAUAUCAUCUAGCCAUAUUAUCUGUAUGUAGGUACAUAUUUUUGUUUCCUCCAUCAAUUUUGUAUAUCAUUGUUAAUCGCAAUCUGUGACUUUUUGUAGCUUUAAAUGAGUAUGCUUAUUAGUAUUUAUUUUUGAUAUCUGCAGGGCCCGCAGUUCUUGCACCUAAAACAAUGGGUUCUCAUAAUUUUUUUUUUAUUUAAAUGUGUUGACAACCUGCUCAAUUUUAUUGACUGAAAACCAAUUUUACAAAUAAACUGAAAAAUCAAAACAGAACUAAGACUUCUUGUUUUGUAUCUCUGGUUUGGCUGAUAGUACGUUUUCUCUUUCAAGUGACAUUCCAUCUUUUUUCUUCUUUUUCUUUAUGAUAAUUCAGUAAGACCGUAAGUAUAUUAUUGAACUAAACACUGAAGGGAAAAAACAAAAAAUAUUCAAGUUUUGCCUUGUAAAAUUUGAAUUCUCUGUGUGAGGUUAAGAUUAUUUCCGGUACUUAUAUCGUUUCACCUCAACAGGGAGAAGCUUUACUUUUCAUCUUGUCAAAGCUUAUUAAUUUGAUCCAUGCAUUUUCAAAGUGUUUAUCACUGAUCUUUUUAAAAAAAUUUCAUUCGUUUGGAAUUGAAACGGGACUUCAUGCUGACUUGUUUUGCAAUGAGCAGUAUUUUAGUUUAACAACAAUGUCAUUAUUUUCAGAAUUUGUAACAUUUUGGUUUUGCAUCAGAGCAUAAUGAAGACAAAUUUUCUGCUGGAUAAGCCAGACUAUAAAUAGGAAAGUAGAUCAGUGGCUGUAGUUUUCCUCAGAUUGAUAAAUAAGUUCUUCCCCGUAAGAUUAGCAGUAGCAUUAUAAAUUAGCAUAAUUUUUAAAAGUAUAUAUUUUUGUUAACAUUUGAUGUAACUAUGGAUUGUGAAUAUUUUUUAUCAUACUGGUCAAGUUCUCUUCUAUCGUAUACACAUGAUUUUCUUCUCAUCGCUCUUCUUGUCUCUGUACCUCUGUUUCUCUUGAUGCCUCUGAAUAGAAUACUCAAGCAAUUUUCUUAGAUUGCAGCUCUCUUCCAGUGACUGUUUGUACAAAUUUUUCCUCAAAUUAGUAACAAAAUCGUGAUAUUAUUUUUACCUACUUUUGGAGGUAUUUUUUGUUCUCACACUGUGAAAACCAACCUUCAGCAUUUUCUAUAGCUCAGUUUUUUUCUUCUUUUUUUUUUUCUUUUUUUUUUACAACUUGAAAAACUUCCAGCUGUGAAAAUGCCUUGUACAUGUAUUUGUACUUCUUUUACAAAAUGUCCAGACACUAACAUUUGUUAAUUUUGUAUUUGUUUUAAUAUAAUAAGUCUAUUUACCUAUUAAGUAUACAUAUUUUGUAUCGUAAAACAAUAAAUUAUUUUGUUUUAAAAAAUCA